UUGUAAAACGGGUAGUCGUCGCAGAUACCUGCUCGUCUGUUCUCUGCCCCCAAUACUAGCCCCUGGAAACCAACAGUGGAAAGACCCCAGCCUCAAGGAGACAAAGCACAGCCAGGGUGGGAGGACCACAGUCCGCCGGGGCAACCCCCCGGGCCCCUUCCUGAACAGAGCUUCUCACCAGAGCUUUCACUUUCAGCCUUUCAGCGGUGAGUCCCAGACCUGGGGGGGAUGGCACUGGUGAUCAGCACUCACCAGGACCCCUCAGAAGAGAUGGAGAGGAGGAGGGAGACAUGAGGUGGGACCCUUGUCCUCCCCUCCACACCUGCAUCACACUCCAACCAAGUGACGGUAAAGGUGGGGCAGCCUCAUAGCCUCUUUGUGCCACCUGGUGGCGAUAAGGAAGAAAGACAAGAUCAAGUGACCGUGAUGAGGAGAGAGAACUCGAAGAGCAAUUGCCACUACCUCAUCGGGUGCUAGGCUGGGCAUGAGUCACUUCCCAGGCAGAAAACUCUGGAAAAGGCUGUGCAGAGCCCUCAAUCACAAAUGACAGGCUCAGGCUACAGUGCUCUGCUUUCCAUGCCCCAACCAGCCAGGCCUUCCCAGACCCACAAGGAAUCACGUCAUUUUCAAAUACUCGUGGCAGAAGGGGCUGUCUUCAAGAUGACCAGUGACCUGAAGGGGAAGAGCCACUGCCUCUCUACGUUACCACGCACUACCUCAUCUCUGUCAAUCGGCAAACCCUUCCUGACAUCUAACCUCACUCUUGGAGGCUGUCACUGUAGCCUGGGACGUGAGUUUGACCAGAAAGAGCAGAAGAGCUUCCUGAGGCCUCGGAAGGGUUACUGGGACUUCCUCUGCACGGCCCCGUCGUGGCAGCGUGGGGCCACGGAGCCAGUCUACUUUGUCCACUCACAGGACAAGGUAUCGACCCUGCUGGGAAAAGGCCGAGCCUUCAUCCGCUUCUGUCUUGUCCACGGACAGCUGGCCGAGUCCCUGCAGCUCUGUUUCCUGAACCCAGAGCUAAGCAGGGAGUGGUAUGGCCCCUGGAGCCCUCUGGUGUGCCCUGAACUCCAGGAAGACAUCCUGGACUCCCUCUACGCUCUGAGUUUACAUGGGCUCCAGACAACCAAGGAGCAGGCCCAGCACCAGGAACAGCUGCUGAAGGAGCAGGAAGGGGUGCUGAAGGCACUGCAGGAACAGCUCCGCAGUCUUCCUUCUGUGCCCGGGUGUCAGGAGGAGAGGGCCCGGCUGCAGGCGGGGCUGGGGCAGAAAUAACAGGAGGCUGAAAGGAAGGGUGCCGUGUAUGAGGAGGAGAUUGGCGAGUAGCAGGACCCGGUCCGAGCCAUGAAGAGGCGGCUGCUGGAGCUGAUUCGAGAGAAGGAUAACCUGUGACAGAAGGUCCAGCAUCUCUCUUCCCUCUCUUCCUUGGCCCCUGGAUGCUGUGUUGUCUGUAACAAGAUCUUUGGUCGGCUGUCUCGGCAGUACCUGUGUAGGUUCUGCGGAGGCCCGGUUUGCCAUGCCUGCUCUCCCUCUGUGGAUUUUAAGAAGAAGGAGUGCUACUGCCCACCCUGCUCCCAGAGGAGAGAAGCCCAGGUCCUCUGACUGAGACCCACCCACCCCACUUGAUGGGCCGUCCCCUCGGCCCUUCCCAGCCCUCUGGUCUGACCAGUCCUGCCUUCUAGAAGUUGGCCAUCUAAGGUGGACAGCACUUGAGUGGACAGACCAUGGUGUGGAGGAUGGAAGGAGCCGGGCUGGCAGUCAGGAAAGAGGUUCUAACCCUGCAUCUCCCACAGAUGAACUGGGUGACUUUGGCAAAGCUGUCAGGCUUUUUCCAUAACAUGAGGGAGUGGGCACCAUCCUCUCUAAAGUCCCUGCAGCCUCAAAGUCCUUGUCCAAGAAUAAGGCCCGGUGGCCCUGACGUUUCUCCUCUGCGCUCCCUUCUCAACCAGCCCAUCCUUCAUGAUACCCAGGAGCUUCCUGUCCGCAG